AUGGCUCCAAACAAGCUCAAUUCCUCGGAUCAGCGUCCAGUAGGAUUGCCUGCUGAGAAUGGUUUUGUCAAUUCCUUUUCUCUAUUCCCUGAGAAAGCAGUGCAAGAGAUACUUCAAUCUCCUAUCCAGGGAUCGGAUGACCAUCUUAUAGAGUUUUCUGAAGCUUUAAGAACUGUUGCAAAGGCUCUAAGGCAAGUUGCUGAAGGGAAAGCUUCUGCUCAAGCUGAGGCUGCCGAAUGGAAACGUAAAUAUGAGCUGGAGAGGGAUCGGAAUGGGAAGUUUGAACAUGCAGAAAAAUCAUGUCUUGAGCACCAGGUUGGUCUUGAUGAUGUGAGGAUAAAGAGCCCUGCCAAACAACCUACGUCGUGCAAUGGAGCUAAUGGACAAUCUGAAAAAUGUUGUUCGAGGAAUGGUAUUUGCUCCCAUGAGGUUCUUAAGGAUGGAACACCCAGUUCUGAUUCGAAGAUAGUCAAAAAGGCUUCAUUUAAACUUUCAUGGUUCUGCAAAGGUGAGCAAAGUGACCAGUACAAACAUGACAUUGUCUCUUUUGAAAGAGGAAAUAUAACCACUGCAGAGCGCAGUAGUAAGCAGGAAGUUUUGAUGUUGCACACAAAGGUUGACCUCGUGGUAACUCUUGGUGGAGAUGGCACUGUCCUAUGGGCAGCAUCUAUGUUCAAAGGGCCAGUGCCUCCUAUUGUUCCUUUUUCUUUAGGGUCUCUUGGCUUUAUGACCCCUUUCUAUAGUGAACAUUACAAGGAAUGCCUGGAAUCAGUUUUAAAGGGCCCCAUUAGUAUCACAUUACGGCAUCGUUUGCAAUGUCAUGUAAUACGAGAAGCAGCUAAAAAUGAAUAUGAAACUGAAGAACCUAUGCUUGUUCUAAAUGAGGUUACAAUUGAUCGUGGAAUAUCUUCUUUCCUCACAAAUUUGGAAUGUUACUGUGACAACUCCUUCGUCACGUGUGUGCAAGGGGAUGGAUUAAUUUUAUCCACUACGUCUGGCAGUACAGCAUAUUCUUUAGCAGCUGGAGGUUCGAUGGUCCAUCCACAGGUUCCAGGUAUUUUAUUCACACCAAUAUGUCCACAUUCCCUAUCAUUUAGGCCAUUGAUAUUUCCGGAGCAUGUGACUUUGAGGGUGCAAGUACCAUUCAACAGCAGAAGCCCUGCAUGGGCAUCAUUUGAUGGGAAGGACAGGAAGCAGUUAGCACCUGGAGAUGCACUGGUGUGCAGCAUGGCCCCCUGGCCUGUUCCUACGGCAUGUCUGGUUGAUUCUACGAAUGACUUCUUGCGCAGCAUUCAUGAAGGCCUCCAUUGGAAUUUGAGAAAGACACAAUCAUUUGAUGGCCCUCGGGAAACUUGA